UCCAAUGUUCGGAUCAAGGCCAUUGGAACUUGGCACGCUUGUGUGGACUUGUGGGAAAAGACGUAGACUUUGGGACGAGGCGUCCCGAGUCGGUGGUGCGCCUUGCAGUUUGCCCAACGUGAGCUUCGGCAGGCUCUCUCUCUCUCUCUCUCUCUUGGUCCACCACACACUCGCCCUGUCUCUGUAAACCUUCGCGAUGGUGUAGUGGAGAGCAAGUACAUUACACCCUCCUCGUGUACUUUACAUCCUUCCCUUGUACGAACAAGUACGGAUGGAAACCAAACAUUGGGGAGAGAGGAAAGAAAGUGCCUAAAUCAUUGGACGAAAUGUGUGCGAGAGUCAAGAACCGGUGUAAGCCGCCAUCUGCCGCCCUAUAUCGGAGCCCUAGAACCAACUUCCCCGGCGCCAUCUUCUGCUGUAACACACCGAAAGGCGUGCACGUUUCCCCUUGCCUAGGGGUUUGGUUGGUUCCUCUGGGUUCCUCUGGGUCCCUCUGGGCUACACUAAGAAAAAGAACCGCGCAGAUGCCCACAGGCUACAGCAGAUACAGCGUGUGUGAGAGAGAGAGAGAGAGAGAGAGAGAGAGGAGAGGGGUGAUGGAAGCUUUCCUCUCGUCCGUUCGUUCCCACACACCUUUCGUCAACCACAUGCCAGCAGACAAACACAACACCUCCAAUCAAGCUUACCUAGCCAAGAACGAGAGCCUCGUUCUUGUAACCCAGGCGCUUAAUAUGGCUUCCCAUCCCCCAGCCUGUUCGGGGCACUUCCUCUUCUUGCCACACUCUGGGCAAAACUCUCCCAAAAUAAAAACAAAACACAGCCUCUUUGGAAAUAAAGUGGCAUUCAUCAACAAGUCACCUUGACAUUGAAAACUGGUAUGGCACACUGGGAUAACAUCAGGAUCAAUACCCCAUUCACAUGGGCCGGGCAAUCGGCCGACGACCCCUUCAGCCAGCAACAAUGGGCAGCAGGCCACGAUGGCUCUUCUGCUCAGCCCAUCGGUCCCGCCGACCUUCUCAGUACCGACGCCCCUAGAAACGAUGAAUCCUUGAUCAAGUGAGUUGAACCC